ACUUUUUAAUUUUAUCUGCGUUUUCUGUUUGUUUUCAAUGAGCUUGAGAAACUGCUUCUGGCGCCGAUGUUCUCUGCCUCAUGGUCGUCGUCCUCUGGUGCAACUGAGAUGGGAUUUCUCGCCGUUUCCAUGGAAAAUUCGAGCCGCGAAAGUGCGGGAAAAAAUGUGGGAGUUUUGUUGCAGUGUUCGGUGGAAACAUGGCUGGAAUCAUCGUCAAUGUAAACCAUAUGAUGGCUUAAAAUUUACCCAAUUUCUCAGAUUUUGAAUUUUUCUGCUGAAUUUCUACUUCCCGGUUCUGAAAAGUGCAAAAAUUUCAUCCGGGUAGCUCUGAAUUGGACCAAUUCGAUUUGGGUUUCCGGCGGUUCUGCAAUUUCUCAGAUUUUCAAAAUUUUCUGGUGAAAUUAUACUUCUGGGUUUUGAAAUCGUGCAAAAAAUUUGAUCUGGGUAGCUCUGAUUGAAUUCGAUUAAUUUGAUUUGGGUUCCGGCGAAUUUCUGCAAUUUUUAUUUUCAUUGGCGCAAACAGAGGAAGGCGGGAACAGAGCAACCCAGCAGGUGUUCCCAAUGCAAGUGAGUACUUUUCCGGGAGAUUUGUACGGAAAAAUGGUUGCCAGGAACGAUUUUCAGGGGAAAUUAGGGGAGCCGACCGGCGAGGAUUCCGAGGAGAUUGAGCUGAGCCUCGGGCUGUCUCUGAACGGUCGGUUCGGGAUGGACCCCGCCAGAGCCAAAACGGUGGCUCUGAAACGCUCGUCGUCAAUAUCUGAUUUCGGUUUCACCCCAGCAAGAGAAGAAGAAACGAAGUAUCGUCUGUCCGAGCCGUUGCGCGCCGUGCCUCUGAUGAGGACUUGUUCGCUUCCGACGGAGACAGAGGACGAGUGGAGGAAGCGGAAGGAGCUGCAGAGCUUGAGGAGAAUGGAGGCAAAGAGGAAGAGGUCAGAGAAGCAGCUGAGGAACUUGAAGGUGCCGAGAGAUCGGAGCCGAGAGAACGGCGGCGAUGAGGAGAAGACGGGGGAGGUGGCGAAUGGGGUUCAUAGGAGGGAGCAGUUUGUGAAGGUUGUGGAUGAGUUUAGAGCUAUGGGGAUGCCCAAUUGUCCGCCACCGCCGGCGACAUCACAAGGAAGUGGCUCAACUGGGGUUUCGGAAUCUGAGAGCCAAGCUGCUGCUACAUCUCAAGGAGUGCACACCAAAGCAAGAAGCCAUGUCGAUUCUCAAUCUUCACCAAAGACAGAGGAUGAACUGUUAGCCACCCCGAGAAUGAUAUCCGCUCAAAGAUCUGGCCAGUUCAAUGGCGUCCAAAUGGAAAUCAACUGUAAUAAACCCCCAGUUCCAGAAAAUGGUGCCAAUGAAAUUGUGAGGAAUGUGUUGGAGAACAUGCCGUGUGUGUCUACGACGGGAGAUGGCCCUGACCGGAAAAGAAUAGAAGGGUUUCUUUACAGAUACAAGAAGGGUGAGGAGGUGAGGAUAUUGUGCGUUUGCCAUGGCAGCUUUCUCUCGCCUUCGGAGUUUGUGAAGCAUGCCGGCGGUGGUGAUGUGGCGCACCCGUUGAAGCAUAUAGUGGUGAACCCUAGUCCGUUUUUGUAGUUUCUAGUGCCCUUGUGGCCAUGUCAAAACCUAGACGUGAGCACGAGGGAGAAAGUAGGGAAAGAUGCAUCAAUGUUGCUUUUACUCUUUGUUUGGUUUGUUUAAAUUUGGUCUUUCAGUGGGUUUGUGGGCACUUGCAUUGAACUCGGUACAUGAAGCUUCUUGUUGGAAGGCUCUAACAUUAAAACAAAGGGCUCCCAAGAGGCAUUUUACCAUGUCUAACGGUAUAUAUUUUUAUUUACAAGUAGAACGUUUUAAGUU